AUGUACAUAUGUAACCCUAAUCGAGUUCAGGAGCAUGGAGCAAUUACUAGGUUUAGCUGUGAGGCAGAGAUGAAGAUACGUUUAGAUGUAGAUAAAGGGUGCUGGGUAGUUUGUCGAUUCUUUGAUGAUCAUAAUCAUAAUUUAGUUGAUGAGAAUUAUUUUGGAAUGUUAAUGUCACAUCGCAAAAUGGAUGAUGGUGAUGUUGAACAGAUGCGUCGAAUGAGGAAAAGUGGUAUUCCAACCUGCAAAAUAUAUGACUCAUUUGUUAGCCAAAGAGGAAGUUAUGACAUGGUUGGCUUUUGCAAAAAAGAUAUUUAUAAUCAGAUUGAGAGAGAUAGAAGAGGACAGGAUGGGGAUGUUAAGGAGGCAGAAAAAUUCUUAAUAAGUUUGCGCUUUAAGGAUCUCAAGUUAUUGGGGUCACAAGGUUGA